UGCUUAAUCGCUUCUUAAUCGAGCGCGAGUGUGUACGCAUAGGUUCGGUGGAGUUCCGUUUUAUUCCGUUGUAGCGACAAAUAUUUAUUUAGUAGCAAUUUCGCGUUCGUGUAAGUCAAGGUGGCGCACGCCGUGUGUGUUCUAGUCUUUAAAAAUAAUUUUUCCCGCGAUGAAUACCACUUCACCCAAAUCAUCGCUAGCCAAAUUGGGUAUACACACCACCAAGCAUAAAUCACUAAAAGUGAUGGUAUUGGGGCAGAGCGGUGUUGGAAAAUCUGCCAUGGUUGUAAGAUUCAUUACUAGACGAUUCAUUGGUGAAUAUGAUCCAAAUCUCGAAAAGGUCUACACCCAUAACACCACAUUUGACAACGAGCUCAUACAGUUUGAUAUACUGGACGCAGCUGGACAACCCAAUAAAGAAGAUUGCGUCAGUUUGGACACAAAUAUACGUUGGGCGGACGCCUUCAUACUAAUGUACUCGGUGACCGAUAAAUGUAGUUUUGAUGAAUGUAAUCGACUGAAAUUCUUAAUCAACUAUAAUAAAAGGAGACGUAAACUUGGAUCAAAUAGUAAGGACUCGCUCUCGGAUGUGCCAGUAAUAUUGGUGGGUAACAAAACGGAUCAAACUGGCGAUCGUAUGGUGAGCAUUGAGGAGGGCCAACGACGUUUUCGUGAUCUAACAUGUGUCUGCUUCCAUGAGAUCUCUGUACGCGAGAGUGUUGAUCAAGUUCAGGCAGUGUUUCGUGAUGUAUUUCGCUUUUGGCGUGUCUUUAGCAAGUUUCCCAAACUGAAACGUUCCACCAGCGAUGUACAAAAUGCUUCCGACUCAGCGUUGAGCCCCGAUUCGGGUUGCUCCUUCUAYGAUCCGUCAUCUUAUAACAGUGAAACACGUAGAUCCUUUUUCAUAAAUGCCAACACCUGCCUGGAGGAGACCGACCACACAGAAUCCACCGAUGAGCUCGGUUCCGGUAGCCUAUGCAGCUCUCGUUGCGAAAUAGAUACACCAUUCCGCAGUAGAGCUUCCACAGAUGGUACUUUAUUGUCGCGUCCACGCCGAUGGCGUUAUCCACCACCCGGUUGUCUAGCACACACCAAUCGUGUCGAACGUCGCAUGAGCAUCUCAACGCGUGGCAGCAACGCCAGCUAUUGACUACUAAUGCAUCACUGAGUGACGCUCGGUUGCAAAAGCAAGCGAUUGUUGYUAUAACAAGAUUUUAUUAUUUACACUAUUAUAMGGCUUUGAAGGUUCAAUAUGCUAAAUGGGGGCGCGUUGCACGCUUAUUGAUAGACUAUUUGUUAUAAAAUGUAAAUUAUUUAUUACGAUUACAUUAAGAUAUAACUACAAAUGUAAUGCUGAUGUUUUAUACAUGUAUUUUUCUAUGUACUGAUUGUAUUUAGAGAUAAGUAUUUAUUAAAGGUUUCAUAGAUGUAUUGACCCUUAUAUUUACA